CGAUCGGACGAUCCUCUCCGAUUGGCUGCGGCAUUUCAGCUCCCUGCGUGCGUAAGCUGCUGGUUCCUUCCGCCCCGUGUCUCCGUUGAAAGGAGACUGCUGUCCGAGCGCUCAAGCCUGGGAUCCCGGGGGCUUUCCAGGACGGCGGCGAGGAUCAAAGGACUCAGGGGCUACAAUGUUGUCAAGACUCUUCCGAAUGCAUGGCCUCUUUGUGGCAUCCCAUCCUUGGGAAGUCAUAGUGGGUACUGUGACUCUUACCAUCUGCAUGAUGUCCAUGAACAUGUUUACUGGUAAUGACAAAAUCUGUGGCUGGAAUUAUGAAUGUCCAAAGUUUGAAGAAGAUGUUUUAAGCAGUGAUAUUAUCAUUCUGACAAUCACACGAUGCAUAGCAAUCCUUUAUAUUUAUUUCCAGUUCCAGAAUUUAAGGCAGCUUGGAUCAAAAUAUAUUUUGGGCAUCGCUGGCCUUUUUACCAUCUUCUCAAGCUUUGUCUUCAGCACAGUUGUUAUUCAUUUCUUAGAUAAAGAGUUAACUGGCCUGAAUGAAGCUUUGCCCUUUUUUCUGCUCUUGAUUGACCUUUCCCGAGCCAGUGCUUUAGCAAAGUUUGCCCUCAGUUCUAACUCACAGGAUGAAGUAAGAGAAAAUAUUGCCCGUGGAAUGGCAAUCUUAGGUCCAACCUUCACACUUGAUGCCCUUGUUGAAUGUCUUGUGAUUGGUGUUGGUACCAUGUCUGGUGUUCGACAGCUUGAAAUUAUGUGCUGCUUUGGUUGCAUGUCAGUGCUUGCCAAUUACUUUGUGUUCAUGACCUUCUUUCCAGCUUGUGUGUCUUUGGUACUAGAGCUGUCUCGGGAAAGUCGUGAAGGUCGUCCAAUAUGGCAGCUCAGUCAUUUUGCCCGUGUUUUAGAAGAAGAAGAAAAUAAACCAAAUCCUGUAACUCAGCGGGUCAAGAUGAUCAUGUCUCUAGGCUUGGUUCUUGUUCAUGCUCAUAGUCGCUGGAUAGCUGAUCCAUCAUCUCAGAACAGUACAGCAGAAAAUUCUAAGGUUGCUUUAGGACUGGAUGAAAAUGUGUCCAAAAGAAUUGAACCUAAUGUUUCUCUCUGGCAAUUUUAUCUUUCGAAAAUGAUCAGUAUGGACAUUGAGCAAAUGAUCACCCUUGGUUUAGCUCUCCUUCUGGCGGUCAAGUACAUCUUCUUUGAACAGGCAGAAACAGAGUCUACACUGUCAUUAAAAAACCCCAUCACGUCUCCUGUGAUGAUUCAAAAGAAGUCUCCAGACACCUGUUGUAGACGGGAACCUGUGUUGGCCACAAAUAAGCAGAGACUCAGUGAAAUGGAAGAGGACUCUGGGCAUAACAAGGAAAGAAAAGCUGAGGUUAUAAAGCCCUUAUUGGCAGAAACUGAAACAUCAAAGGUUUCAUUCGUUGUGGGUAACUCUACUGUGCCUCCAGCAUCAUCAAACACUGAGCCUGAAAUCGAACUACCCAUUGAGCCACGUCCUAAUGAAGAAUGUCUCCGUAUACUUGAAAAUGCAGAGAAAGGUGCAAAAUUCCUCAGUGAUGCUGAGGUCAUCAGAUUAGUCAAUGCUAAGCAUAUUCCAGCUUAUAAAUUGGAAACUUUGAUGGAAACCCAUGAGCGAGGUGUGUCUAUUCGCCGACAAAUGCUUUCUAAGAAGCUUGCUGAACCCUCUUCGUUAAAGUAUUUACCAUACAGGGAUUAUAAUUAUUCUUUGGUAAUGGGAGCUUGCUGUGAGAAUGUUAUUGGAUACAUGCCUGUCCCUGUGGGAGUAGCAGGGCCCCUCUAUCUAGAUGGCAAAGAAUUCCAGGUCCCAAUGGCCACCACAGAAGGCUGUCUUGUUGCCAGCACUAACAGGGGCUGUAGAGCAAUAUGCCUUGGUGGAGGAGCAAGUAGCUGUGUUCUAGGAGAUGGGAUGACUCGAGGACCUGUAGUAAGGUUUCCCAGUGCACGGGACUCUGCAAAGAUGAAGGCUUGGCUUGAAAGUCCUGAAGCCUUUAAAAUAAUAAAGGAAGCAUUUGACAGUACCAGCAGAUUUGCACGUCUUCAGAAAGUUCACAUUAGUCUGGCUGGUCGCAACGCCUAUAUCCGUUUCCAAUCCAAGACAGGGGAUGCCAUGGGAAUGAACAUGAUUUCAAAGGGAACAGAGAAAGCACUUGCAAAACUUCAUGAAUUUUUUCCUGAAAUGCAGAUUCUAGCUGUUAGUGGUAACUAUUGUACAGAUAAAAAACCUGCUGCUAUAAAUUGGAUAGAGGGAAGAGGGAAAUCUGUUGUUUGUGAAGCUGUCAUUCCAGCGAAGGUUGUCAGAGAAGUAUUAAAAACCACUACAGAAGCUUUGGUUGAAGUUAACAUAAGCAAGAAUUUGGUGGGCUCAGCCAUGGCUGGUACCAUAGGAGGCUAUAAUGCACAUGCAGCCAAUAUUGUAACUGCCAUCUUCAUUGCUUGUGGGCAGGAUGCAGCACAGAAUGUGGGCAGCUCUAAUUGUAUCACUCUUAUGGAAGCCACUGGUCCCUUAAAUGAAGACCUGUAUAUCAGUUGUACCAUGCCUUCCAUAGAAAUAGGAACUGUUGGUGGAGGAACCAACCUGCUGCCACAGCAGGCCUGUUUGCAGAUGCUUGGUGUUCAAGGAGCAUGCAAAGACAACCCUGGUGAAAAUGCCCGUCAGCUUGCAAAAAUAGUAUGUGGUACAGUUAUGGCUGGAGAGCUAUCACUGAUGGCUGCAUUGGCUGCAGGACACCUAGUCAAAAGCCACAUGAUCCACAACAGGUCAAAAGUAAAUCUACAAGAUCUUCAAGGGAUCUGCACCAAGAAAGCGGCUUGAGUGUCACUGAAGUUCUGAACUCAAGCAUUCUCGUGAGAAUGGGAUCUUAAAGAGGACUAAUGUAGAAAAUCUGUGAAUUUAAAAAAAAACAAACAAAAACAACAGUGCAAUGUCUUGUCAAGAGGACAACUAGACAUGUUCAGGGAGGCAACUGGCUUCAGUGGUUCAAGAUUACUUCUCCAAGAAGAGUUUCUUUUCCAGAUCUGACAACAGUUUAGUGUUCUGCAUACUUGUGUUUUUCUGAAAGAUAUCAACUUAGGUAUUAUUGCAUCAGAGUACCACAGCUAGUAAAUACCAGCUGGAAAAAUAAUUUUUUAGUUUGGUGAGACUCAUAAAUAUGCAAAUUUUGUGGUGAUCAAUGGGAGAUUACCCCCACUCCCCAGGUAGAAAACAAUUUUUAGCCUAAAAUAAUAGUUCAGUUUACAUUAUAGUUAUCAAAACUUCAACUGAUUUUUAUAUUCAAAUUAUUAAGCUUGAGUCUUAGGACUUUAAAGGAGAGUAAAAUUUUUCAUUGUAUUCCAUUUGGUGCCGGUCUAGUUCAAUUUUUGGCAGCAUUCAACUAUAAUUCUUAAGGGAGCUCUGCUUUAAUUUUUUAAGGAAAAAACUUUUGGUAGUUGUUUUUUUUUUCCUUACCAGACUACAGAAUGUUGUGCUACAUAUAGUACGUAACAGUUCUGUACCAGAAGUACCAAAAAAUCAUUGUGUUUACUCAUAAAGGCUGUUAAGUUCCUUUUUAGAAUUUACUGUGUCCAGAUGCAGAUUGGCUAUUGUACGCCUGUCUGUGUAAAGCUUUAGCAAACACAGGAUAAGCUUUGAGCCACUUACUAAAGAAGGAUUUUAAUGCAACAAUUCCAACAGAUGUUUCUCUUUAAAACAUCAAACUUUAGAAGUAUAGUCAUUUAGAUUAGGGUGUUUAAUAGGAUCAGGUAUAGGACCAUGGCCUCUAUUUGUGCAACUCAGCCUGAGAAACACAAGUUUGUUGGGGAAAAGAUAUUCUUUCUCUAAGCCAGUUUUCUUAAAAGAAAGUUAUUGUAAUUUAUUUAACUAAAAACAAUUCCUGAUAGUUUUUUGUAAACUAUUAUAUCAAACUGUAUAUGUUGUAAUAAUGCCUCUGAUGCUAGUUUAUUGAAACUGUUAAAUAAAUACAAAUCAAAUUGUACAUUGAAAAAAUACUAGAGCUUGGGCAACAUAAAGUAGUGUUCUUCAAUGCUAUCCAGAAAGCCCUGGCCUACUUGUAGCGUUUUUAAUGAGUGGGAAUAAACAGGACUUAACCAGUGAGCUUCCAGCCAAUGAAGGAGCCAUAGAGAUGAGCACCAGAGGGGGAAUAUACUUUUUUUCCCUGUAGCCAGGAAGUUGGUAAUUGCAGAACAUUUGACACAAGGUUUUUUGAAGGCCCCCAAAAAGCAUUUAAGCCUAAUGGGGUGAAAAGAGAUGCUGUAUUUUUUAUUUUAAACAUACAAGUUUUAUAUAAAUGAAAAAGAACUCCUUAUUUUGUAUUGUGUCCAUUCUAACGUUGUAAGUGUUGGUCUUAAAAAGCUGGUGUCUGUCUGAUGUAGGAGAUUGACUGUGAUACAUUCCAGUGAUGCUGCAGUAGCAUGUAAUUCCCACAAAUGUUUCUUUCCAUGACACUGUUAUCAAAGACUCACCUUUCCUUUUGUAUGUGGAAUUUGAGCUGCUUCUUGUUACUGACUAUUUUCAGCCAGUGACUUAUUUAUCUGAACUUUUCAUUGGAUUGACAGUGAAAGGUUAGUUCAGUGUUCAUUUUGGUGAAUGUAACUUACCAGCCGUUGUCUUGCAGAAUUAACAUUUUGUACAAUUACUAAGUUGUAUACAUUUUGGUACAGAAUUUUUUUUCCAGUUUCAGUAAACAAUGAAAAAUAAGUUAAUUCUCAUCAAGUCUAAGUAGUGACCUUUAUUGAUUGGCUCAUCCUAGGGUCAAAGGAUUGAAUAACAUAAAGACCGCAUCUAGCAAUGGCUUGAAGAAAGUAGACAUUCAAUAAACCUUUGUUGAAUUGUA